CGGAGAUUUAGAUUUUCAGCUGAAAGACUUUUGUCUGCGCUCUGCUAAAGAAGCCAAUUAGCCAACCUGGGACAUGUACCGCCGCUAAAAGCGCAUUUUAGCCUCUUUUAACCGUAAACUGGAUUUUCCCCAAGACGACAACUCGCAUUAGGACGGGGAAAAACAUUCACUUCGAGCUGCUUUUUGAGCACGGACGUCGUUGACGAAGGAGUCAGGGAUGCCGUUCACAAGAGGGAAGAAAUCCACGGCCGCUGCUGCUGUGAGCAGGAUCCCCAAGCUGAACCAGCAAGGGUCUGAAAAUCAGGAGGAAGGCCUCCAGGUGAAGAGGUCCUCCUCCCCUCCUCAUGGAGCCCCAAAGAAGAGGACAGCUUUUAUUGACAUCACCAAUGCUCACAAGGUUCAGCUCAGCCUUCCAGGGAAGAAGAAAGAAGGUGGAAAGAAGGCUCUGAGAAAAACCAAUCCUGCCUUGGUGUCUGCAAAGAACCAAGCCAACUUGAAAAAGUCAUCCUCCGUCAGCUCUGAGGGAACGGCAACUGAGAAGGAAAAGACCGACUCGGAGGAGGAAGAGGGGAAGGAGGAGAAUCCGCUGGGAGAUGUGGCAGCACCGGGGGAAGAACUUGUGGAGGCUCCGCCCCCUGCUGCCCGAACGGUGCCAUCGCACCUUCAGAGACAAAAUAUCCCGAAGGAGUUUGACAUAGACUCUGAGAACUCCGAGGACCCCUACAUGUGUCCCGAGUACGCAAAAGACAUCUUCGACUACCUUAAGCAGAGAGAGGAGAAAUUCGUACUUGAAAACUACAUGUCCAAGCAGCCCAGUCUGAACACUGAGAUGAGGGCCAUCCUGGUGGACUGGCUGGUGGAGGUACAGGAAAACUUUGAGCUGUACCACGAGACGCUGUACCUGGCGGUCAAGAUGACGGACCACUACCUGUCCAAGACCCCGGUGCACAAGGAGAUGCUGCAGCUGGUGGGCUCCACCGCCAUGCUCAUCGCCUCCAAAUUCGAGGAGCGCAGCCCGCCGUGCGUGGAGGACUUCCUGUACAUCUGCGACGACGCCUACAGACGGGAGGAGCUCAUCGCCAUGGAGGCCAGCAUCCUGCAGGCGCUGUCCUUCGACAUCAACAUCCCCAUCCCCUACCGGUUCCUCAGACGCUACGCCAAGUGUGUGAGCGCCGGCAUGGACACGCUGACUCUGGCCCGCUACUUCUGCGAGAUGAGUCUGAUGGAGAUGGACCUGGUGUCGGAGCGCGGCUCCCUGCUGGCGUCGGCCUGCCUGCUGAUGGCGCUGGUCUCCAAAGACCUGGGAGGCUGGACCCCCAUCCUCCAGUUCCACUCGGGCUAUCGGACGUCAGACCUGGCGCCCGUGGUCCGACGGCUCUACCUGAUGUUCUUAUCCCCCGCCGACGACAAAAUGAGAGCCAUCAGGAACAAAUACUCUCACAAGGUGUUUUUUGAAGUGGCGUCUCUGCCACUGGUUGAGAUGGAUGCUUUGGAGAAAGCGUUAACCAUCCCCUAAGCCGUAAAAAGGUCCAAACCGAAGCAGGGUGACAACAAACUGUACAUAAUUUACCUGUAAAUAUGUUUUAAUAUUUAUAUGUGUUGGUUAGUCCAUCUUCCAUGGAGAAAAAAAUUGGAAAUAAAAAAAAAACAUAACCCCAGUUGGACAAAGUUCUUUUAACGUGGGCAUUUAUCAACAAGUUAAAAGCUUAUUUUAGGUUGGCAUUGGUUUAAACCUUGUUUGGCAUUUCUUUUAGUUUUUUUUGUCUUUUUUAAAGGGCAGAAAAAUCUUAGUUCAUGCAGAGUUUAAUGUUUAUAUUAAAGAGAGGUUGGUAACUUUUACCGGUGAAUUAUGCAGUGCGCCACAUGUUUUUAUAAAGCUUUCCUACAAUGUUGACGUUGGCAUCUAUGCAUGUAUUUUCUGAAGUUGUACAGUCUUUAUCAUGUUAAUAUCAGUAAUUAUUUGUACAAAAGAGCAGAUGAAGCUGUGCUGCUUUUAAAUGGCUGUCAUGUGUACUCUUAAAAUAAAGUGUUGUUGUUUUUUUUACUUUUUAUAUAUAUAUGUGUAUAUAUUUGAUUGAAAAUGGGUUUUCAAUUCACUCUUUGGGAAAAUAGAUUGUAUUUUGGUUAAAGGCCUGUGGAAUUUGUCUUCGAUCGGAUAACUGCUGGAUGCAGUUGUGCAGCGUUGCCAUGAGAGGGCAGUGUUGAGCCUUUUUGCACCUAAAUUUUUUUUAAAAUUUAUUUAUUUAUUUUUAUACACAGCAGAAGCCAUCUGGUGCUUUCAGGUUGGACUUUAGUCAUUCUUUGCAGUGAAAAUCGCUGCUUUAAUUGACCGAAAAUCAGUUGACUAUUUUUUCUUGUUAGAUUUUGGGAUGAAUACAACUGAAGCACUUUAUCUGGUGUGCUUGUAUUAUUAGAAUGAAGGGGCAGGCACAUUGCUAAGGGACUAAAACAUUUACUUUUGGAGAAGUGAAUUCACCUCUAAAGUUUUCUUUGAAUUUAAUUCAAGGACAGUAAAUAUUAAAUCAGUUUUGGUUGGACUUUUUUUUCUCCCCUUUUUUUUCUGAGUGGUGGAUUGAUACUGUUCCAAUCCAAUGAGUGACUGAAUUUUGUCACUGGCUUGAAACAAGACUACUCUUCAGUGAUUGGAGCAGAUAAGCUCACUGCUAUGACGAAAGGGGAAAAAAUAAAGACCUGAGACUUUCUAAGAACUGGUCCAACCCAAGGGAAAGUCA